AUGCCUGAUAUCGAAGAAGCGGCAGUGACGUUUCGCAAGUCGGAUAUGACAGUGACGUGGCGUUCCAAGGAGCGAUUAACUCUUCUUCAACUCGCAGAGAAAUCAGGGCUGAAGCCAGAUUUCGGUUGUCGAUCUGGUGCAUGUGGAACAUGCGAAGUGCGACUGCUCAAGGGGCACAUCGAAGGGUGUCUAGAAGGAGAUGACGGCGUAUUGAUAUGCUGUUCCAUACCCGCAAGCAUUGAGAUUGAACUCGAGUUAUGA